AUGGCAAAUGUAUUACAUGUUCCUGUGAUAAGCUCUCUAUUCUUGGCUAUUUUACCUGCCGUAUUUGCCGUGGACGUGCUCAUUCUUGGCGCCGGGGCGUCAGGAAUCGCUGCAGGAAAGCACCUUCACGACAAUGGAGUGACAGACUUUCUUAUCCUCGAAGGAAGCAACCGAAUUGGUGGCCGUUUAAAGGAGGUGCAGUUCGGGGGGAAGACAGUAGAAGUUGGAGCGAACUGGAUACAACCCGGCGACACAUCAGUUAACCCAUUAGCAUCUUUGUCAGAAUCACUGGAAAUUGCAGGAAACGUUUCGGCAUGGGACAGUUUCAUAUUUCGUGGACAGAAUGGUGAAAAUUUGACUGACGAAGCAUUAUCAGAAUAUCCUGCAUUCGAGAGUGCGUUGGAUUACAUCUAUGAGUUAGCGGAAGAUCUCAUUGACAAUGACAAACCGGACAUGUCCGUGCGCUCUGCUUUACACUGGAAUCCUACGACCCCAGUUCAGAAGUCCAUUGAAUAUUAUGACUUUGACUUUGAAAUUGCAGCAAUUCCAUAUGUGACAUCACUGAAAGCGACAGCUACAAUCGACGGCGCGAAUGAAAUUUUUGUAACUGAUCAACGUGGUUUUAGUUAUGUGCUGCGGUCUCAGGCCGAAACAUUCCUGGAAGCAAACGACACUCGUUUACUUUUAGAAAAGAUAGUUACAAAAGUUGAAUACGAUGAUAAUGGUGUGACGGUCACGUGUUCCGACGGGUCGAAUUAUACAGCGCCAUACGCGAUUAUCACUUUCAGUAUAGGGGUUUUACAAAGUGAUUUGGUGGAAUUCUACCCGCCUCUUCCUGACUGGAAAGUUGAAGAAAUCUUUCAGUUUGAUAUGGCUCUCUACACAAAAAUAUUUCUAAAAUUUCCAGACGGUAUCGAGAAGUUCUGGGAUGACGAGGAGUUCAUUUUAUAUGCCAGUUCUCGGCGCGGAUACUACACUAUAUGGCAAAACUUGGAGGCGGAGGGAUUGUUUGAAGCAGGCACUAAUUUAUUAAUGAUGACCGUUACUGGCGACGAAUCCCGUCGAGUCGAGUACGAGACCGAUGACCAAAUAAAAAGCGAAGUCAUGGCAAUUCUUCGUCAGGUGUAUGGGAAUGGUAUACCUGAUGUGGAGGAGAUUAUGUUGUACCGAUGGUCGCAGGAUCCACUAUUCCGCGGUGCGUUCACCAACUGGCCGGUAGAAGUAUCACGAGAAAGCCAUAGACGCCUGGAGGGGAACGUGGGACGACUGCAUUUCGGAGGAGAGGCGACAGACCCACAUUGGAACGGCUACAUACAGGCGGGAUUGUUCUCGGGUGAGCGAGAGGCGCGAAAGAUUAUGAAAUGCAUGGAAGGGGCAUGUGAGGCGUUCUCUGCUCAGAUUUUUAAGCGUGGAUGUACUUAUCAAGUUGCCGAUAAUUACGAUGCAAGUGCCACGGUUGACGACGGCAGUUGCCGAUUUACACCUGUCACAGGAUCGUCACAGUCACUUCAUAAUUACGUAUUCAAUCAAUGCUUUCUAUGUAUGUAUGUGUGUUGUACUUUUUUAUUAGCGUUUUUAUUAGCGUUAUAA